AUGACGAAACGUCAAAGCAGCGUAGGCAAAGCGGCCGCUGAGCCCACAACGGUUGUGGUGAUCACACCAGGACCAACAGACGUCCUCUUUGGACGAGGAGGCCAUGUGAAUCACAACCCUGCCAAUCAACGGUACCUUACACUAGUAAUGGAGCGCAAAGAGCAGUACAACCAGUGCAAGAAAACGGACAAAGCUAAUAUAGCUUGGGAUAUUAUGGCGGAGCUCCGACAACAAGAUCCUCCCACACGCUUUCUCAAAAAGGACUAUUCCACGGGGCUAUGGCAUAUUGUCAAGGAUACAGAUGUGCGGAGAAAGAUCAGUCAAUGUUUGCGAGAACGCAUGGUGCCUGUCAUUCCAAAGAAACGGAACAAGAAGAAGAGGCGCACCAGCGCUAACAAGAAAAGCGAGGAGGAAGCCGUUCCGGCACCCUUGAGAGCUACAAGAUCUUCCACCAGGAUCCAGAUCCGACGCAUCCAACAAGAUGAGACGGAGGAGUUUGCUAAUGAACUGGAUGGGAUGGAAGAUUGCGACGUCGAAGGUUUUCUCCCUCGAGAAGACACCGCAGAGGAGGAAUUCUUUGAUGCUGAGGAAGAGCAGACAUUUGAGAACCCGCCGACAGCAGUGGAUGCCACGACUAUGGAAGCGGUUUCGGAAAAGGAGGUGUCAGAGGCAGCGGCUGUCCCUCCACCCCUUCCAAAGAAGGAAGAACCUGUCCGAAAGAGAUCCAGCUACUACUGCUUGACGACUGGCACCUGGCAAGACUACAAUCCCAAGACGGGAACCUGGGGGGAAUCUGGCAAGCCCAAACAGCAAGAGAGCCUCCCAGCGGAGGAAGCCGUGGCGGCCAUGGCGCCGCCGCCUCCACUGCCGAAGCCCAAGCCUCUGAAGUCGGAAGAGUCCAACAAUCGGGCGUGGAGUGACUAUUUUGCCUCUUCUCUGGCAUCCUUUACUCCAAGCAUCUUUGACUUCUCUGGCGGGGAGAGCGCCUGGGAGAACCUGCUGGAUCCAUCCACGCUACCCCAAUUGAUGCCGUACGAGGAUGAUGAGGAGAGUUACCUGGGAAGUCACGCCUCUACCACCUCGGAAGAGCAACCCGAGCGAGUGGUAAUUCACCAAGUUCACAAGAAGCGCACCUUGAUUUGCUGCAAUGGCGUCAAAGCUAUGAAAGAACCGUCGUCCAAGAAGAUCAAGCUGGAAGCGAUCAAACCGGAAGCACCAGAGGAUACUUCCGUGGAUGGCUUUUUGGAUCCCGAAAAGAUGAAUCUAAGCUUUGGCAAAGUCCUUGAAGAGAGCCGAAGUCUCAGCGUAUCGUCUGCGGGUGCUUAG